AUGAAAAUAUUCUUGUUGUGCUCCUCAAAGCGUCCCAAUGAUGCUAGUAGCCGUGGCUUUCAGGUGUGCGGCCGUUCGGACUCGCCGCGUUCUCCGUUUAUCUACCACGGGAACGCGAGCGAGGUCGGCCAGUGGCCCUGGCAGGUGGGCCUGUCCAAGUGGUCCCAACACGAGAAGGCCUGGGACCUGCAGUGCGGUGGCACGCUGCUCUCCGAGAGCUGGGUCGUCACGGCGGGGCACUGCGUGACCAAGGACCGCCGCGGGAACCUGCACGCGCCCGAGGACAUACGCCUCUACCUGGGCAAGUACCACCGAGACGACGCCCUAGACGACGCCUUCGUGCAAGUGCGCACGCUGAGUGAGAUUCACGUGCACGAUGAUUUCGACCCGGCGAAGUACGACGCGGAUAUCGCCAUGGUGCUGCUCGACCGGCCGGUGGAGUUAAGCAGUCGAGUGCAGCCCAUAUGCCUGCCCAGCGAGAGGACCUCGCAGUCAAACAUCGUCGACGGCCACCUGGGCGUGGCGACCGGAUGGGGCCAGACCGAAACCCGGAGCUACGCUGACGUCCUUCGACAGGCCGUGAUUCCCGUGGUAUCGGCACAGGAGUGCGAGCGCGCCUACCUCGAGGACCGCUUUCUCCGGGCGGUCACGUCCUACAUGUUCUGCGGCGGUUACGUCAAGGGAGGGAUCGACGCCUGCACGGGAGACAGUGGUGGCCCCUUCGUUUUCGUCGACGAGUCGGUGGUCGACAAGCGCGUCUGGGUGCUGGAAGGCAUCGUCAGCUGGGGAGGGCCCCGAGGCUGCGGAGUGCCGAACCACUUCGGCGGAUACACCAAGGUUGCAGCGUUCAUCGAAUGGAUACGAGCGUUCCUGUAAAUCGUGCAUACAUCGAGGCCAAGCAGCCGAUUAUUGCGGGUUUACCGAAGACGUCUUGCGGAGGAAAGCUCGCUGUGGUACAAGCAUACUUGCCACUUCUUAUGAUGGGCAACGGACUGUUACGGAUUUGCUGAAGGCAUUUCUGGCAAAACCCUCACGGGCGGCCUUAGCAUUUUAGGCCUGCCACCAGCAGCGCAAGCAGACUUCAGUUUUGAAAGAUCUUUGUCGCAUAUGGCUACUCGGUUUCUUAAUUGUUUUUGUGUGUGUGUCACGUAGGAAUGAACAUUUUUUUAGCGAAGCUUGCUAUUAUUCACUGGUUUUGGUGGCGGUGUCGUACGCGAAAAUCUCGGUUCCGGCGGUGGUGCAGAAAUGCGUACCUCGAAGGCGUGCUGAUUACGUGCGUAUUUGUGUGUUCAGUUUUCCAGUAAGUGGUGCUCUCUAGAUGGUUGGCUUGUCAGCGAUCAAUAGUUUGUUAUAUGACAAUUACAUAUUUUAUCGAGGUCACUUAUUAUUUUACGUUGCCGCAUUAUAGUGUUGCCUGGAUACGAACGCAUUACCUCAAGUUACGACGCCGGCGCCGGAACGCGAGUCAUUAGGCGCGAUUCCAACUGCGCAUGCGUGCUCUCACACCACGCCCGCUACCAGUUAGAGCCGUCUUGCU